CUUGAAAGGAUUUAUCAACAAAAGGAACAGGAAUCAUGGUCAGUAAAUAAGCUGAGACAAUUUCUCGGGAAACUAGUGCUCAGAAGUGAAGAAGUAAUGAGGAUCCAAUCCCUGAAUAUGACAAAAAAUCAAGAACCAGUAAAGAGUAAGUCAAAACCAUUUUCACGAUUUAUCCCUAAUGAAACUUCAGCAUUAUCGGUGUCAAUUCCCAAAUCAAAGGCGAAAGGGAUUAAAACAAAAAGACCCUGCACAUUUUGUAAUAAAGAUCAUUGGGAUAAUGAGUGUCAGGUUUACUCAACAGUAAAACAAAGGACGAAACGUUUGAAGGAAUUAAAGGCCUGUUUGAACUGUUUUGAUAAUAGUCACAAGGCGAAGGAUUGUAAAAGCAGAAAACGUUCCUGUUUUUACCGCAAAGGCCCUCACAACACAGCACUAUGCGAAGAGAAGUAUCAAGGGCACAACGAAUCAAAUAAAGAAGAAGCCAAGUCCGUGAACGUCAAUAUUACAAACAAAAACCAAACGGAUCAAAGGGAAAAAGAAGUUUUACUUCUAUGCAGAAAAGUCAAUGUUAUCAAUCCAGUUAAUCAGGAGAUUCAAAGCGAAGCUAUAGUACUCUUCGAUACUGGUGCGCAAACAUCGUUUGUCUCAAAAAAAUUGGCGCAAAAAUUGAAAUUAGAGGUUGGUGAAAGUGGAAUCAUGAGGAUUGCCUCAUUCAGCAACAAAUACUCAACUUCAUCUCCCUACUAUACAACGACCAACUGGACAUACCAAGUAUUUCAAUUAGACAGAAAUUUAAGAUGCGUAGAACGCCCUGAUAUACUCAUCGGAGCUGACUAUUUCUCUCAGUUCAUCCCAUUUAAACAAUGCCAAGUUAUAAGAUCAGGAUUUUCCUUGAUAAAUACUAAGGUUGGUCCGAUAUUAGCUGGCAGUGGAGAUGCAACAAGGCCACCUAAAUUCACUGGAAUGACAACUACAAGCUCAAUCAGAAGGACUAUCAGUAGAGGAAAUAGAGAAGCGCAACUUGUAUUAUGUAACGGGAUUAUGGAGGUUUAA